CGAUCAUUCCGUCAGACAAAUGACAACAGACGAGAUAAAAGGACUGAACGAAUUGGUGGCCGUCUUCAGUUACACAUCCGCCGGAUCGACCGGAUCAACAGGAACGGAAGAAAGAUGAGGUUCUUUAAUCGAUUGGUUUCAUCUUUGAUUAGUGCGUGGUUGUUGAUGUUGGCGAUCGUGUCGGCAUCCGGCCAUGCGGAUCAACAAUUCAACUAGACGGAUGUCUAACGUCCAUCCCGUUUACAGCAGCGAUGUGGAUUCUUAUAGCGUCGGAGACGAUCACGUCGUUCACGAUGUGGUAGAUUCCCAACAAAGCGGCCCUUCCGGCACCGGAUUGGACUGGGCAGGCCAUUCCAAUCCGUACAGCCGCAACAGUAAAUUCAAAGACGAAACGGACGGAUCGUUCUAUCAAUAUCCGCAGCCGGAAAUCAACAAGAACUACGAAGGCUCAUCACCGUACGGCAGUGAAGUGCAGCAUUACCGGCCUUUGCCCAGCAUCCAGAAAAAAGAGUACGGCCACUCCCGGCCCAGUAAGAACAAAGGCAAAGACAAGGAUCAUUUAUGGAAAUUUGUCGAACAUUUCUUCGACAAGAAAAAGCAGUUGGAAGACGAAAUUUGGGACCUGAUUUUAUUCAAGGGUCACCAUGAUGGAGGCCACCAUCAGCCGGACUAUGGCCAUUACGGCGAACCGCCGUCCAGCUAUCACGGGCACGAGCACAAGCUGAGCAAAGAAGAAGUGUUCAAGAAAGUCAAAUUGCUGGCCAUAGCUGCAACUGUUUUGCUCAUCGUCCUGGGCGGUGGCAUUUUGCUGGCCCCGCUGGCCAUUGGCAAAGGCCGUCGCCGCUCGCUGUCUGAAUUCUUGCAGCCGCAGAAUGUUGGUGCCGCUACAACGGAAAUUGCCCGGCUGGCCGGUAGCGUUUUGCAAGCCGUACAACAUUACCAGCAACAACAAACAAAUUAACAUCUGACGACGACGAAAAGCACAUCAUCAGUAUUAUGCACGUGAAAUUGUUUGGUUUCAUUUUUGUGUUAUUUAUUCAUUUAAAAAAGAAAAAGAAAAAGAAAAAAUGUU